GAAGCUUGUUUUCAAGGGACAGUCUUCGACCUGGGCCCGGGGGCAACGUCUUCCCUCCCCACUCUCUCGUUCUCUGUUUGGCAUCCUCUCGUCCUCGCCUACUCUACGCGGGCCAGAAGUCUCCUCACUCGUCAAUUGCCAGCGGCUGUUCUCCUCUUGCCUUCCAGAACGUGUGACUCUCCUCCAGCUGCUGCGAGGGACGAAUCCAUUCGAGAGGUUGCGCGACCGAGCAUGAACGCGGACAGCUUCUACGACACUCUCCUUGCCUCAAUAGGCCAUGGUGGACGCGAGAAAGAUCGUAUGCGAGCGGAUGUUGCACCACCACAAAUCGAGGCCCCCGUGGCCGGCGAUGUUGUGAUCAAGCCAACUCCUGCAAUUGCCCGUCCUUCUCCGCCGGUUGUCAAGACGGAGGGCUCACGGUUGGAUGUCGUUAGUCGCCCCCCACGAACUACGCUGCCCGCCGAUACACCUGCGGUCAAGGCCGAGUCUGUCGAAACACCAGCGAUCGGAGUCGGGGCUGCCUCUUCGCGAAAGAACGAGCCUCUCGCUUCUUCGGCCUCACCCCCCAACAAGUCAUUGACCCAGCUGGAAGCGGAGCUUCGGGCUAGACUGUUGGCUUCGACCAAGAAGCGGAAAGCCCAAGGGGCUAGCCGACCUCCCUCGCUACCACCGUCCAAGAGACCGCCGAGAGGAUCCCCUGUUUUCACAGCCGUCCCGCUGACCAGUCGGUCAUCCGGGGAAGAGGCUUUGCCCAAGCAACCCAAUGUCCCCCAGAGUCCUGUAUCCCCAUUCGUCCCUGCCCAAGAAACCCCAACGGUGUCUCAGCCGCACGGAAAAUUGGCGUUGCCUCCCAAGCCUCCCCAGCGCGACGGCUUCAAGCUGCGCAUCAAACUGCCCUUUGCAUUUGCUGGGUCAUCUUCCAUUACGCUGGAGACUGACAAACUUCCGCUUACUACCCCCAUCUCCGCAAUCCUUGAUCUGUUUAACCGCCGCUCUCCGCUAGAUCAUUUGUACUUUGCCCCCCCUUCCCCCCGGGAUGAACCCCACCCCGAACCUACGCGGAGUGAUGCGGACGAAGAGGGUGUUGUCGGUCUAGGUAUUGCGAUAGACUCGGGUCAGAGGUUCUACCGGGAUCCACCUCGGAAUAUGGGAGUCGGAGGAUGGCGGGAUCCUGCACCUAGUAGGGGCGGUCCAAAUUGGGAUCCGGGUGUCGGAAAUCUGAGGGCUACGUUGGAAGAUGUGGCAACUGUAUUUGGUGCCGAGAUGGUUGAGUGCGAAAUUCGAUGCGAUCCGCGCCCUAAAUCUUCUCACCGCCGGGGAAGUGGUGGAGGAAGCGGAUCCGCAGCAGUCGACUCGAAGCAGGCCGACUAUUAUGAGGAAGAUGAUGACGAGAAAUGGCAGGAAGCCAAGCCUGAAGAUGAGUGGGUCUCACCGGCCGUGGAGCAAGGCCAAUGGGAUUACAAUAUGUAUGUCGCGCCGGGGUCGUGGGAUGCUGCCAUGUUUACGGCAAUGUCAAUACCCAUGGACUGGAUCCCUGGCAUCCCUGGCAUCGCCGCGUACCAGCAGCACCGCACACCCCAAGAGCCCGACCUCGAACCCGCCCAGCGUUGGAUUCCCGGCCACCAGGACUACAAUGAUGCCGGUUGGAGAUUUGGAUUUGGCCGCAACGAUCACCAGGAGUCUUCGCUGCCUACCCGUUCACUUCCAACGCACAUCAAUCCUCCUACCCCAGUUCCCUCAACCGCUACUGCUGGUCUCACUCCGCCAAUCCCCACAGGUCCGCGCACCUCAACAAUUCCCUCUCACGUUCCCCCUCGCCAGCCUGCCACUGAGAAUAAGAAGAAUAAAAAGCGUGGAGGUAAUGCGGCCCGCGGUGGUGGAGGCGGCAGGAAAAAGAACAAAACACCAUCUGGCAAGAGAGGAGUUCGGGGUGGUGGCAAUGGUGGUGGUGGCAAUGGUGGUGGUAGUAAUGCUGGUGGUAAUGGUAGUGCCAGUGGUGGUGGUGGCAAAAGUGGUGGCAACAGUGGUGGCAGCACCGCCAUUAGAAGCGCUUAAUCCACCAACCAGGUGUUUGACGACGUGCACGCCACGGUUCGAAGUCGCUGCACGGUUUUCCAUUUUCCUUUUCGUACAAUUGCAUUGGAUGGCGGUUUCUGCUUCCUUGGCAUAUGGUGUUUGCCUGCUUUCACAUACCGUACUUCUCUGGCUUCUACUCUUUCAUGUAAUGUUACCCCCUGUUUCAUGCGUUAAGAAAAGUGCAAGAUUACCUAGAAUCUUGUACUUCUUAAUACACCUUUUUUGCCUGUAAA